GAUCUCCCGCGGCAGCGGCGCGGGGCUGGGCUGGGCUGGGCUGAGCCUCUCCUCGCCCCGCCCGGGACCCGCGAGCGGCUGGGCCGGGCCGGGGCUGCUGCAAGGCAGAUGGGCGAUGUGAUCGCGGCGCCGCGCGGAGGAAGGAGCCCGGAGAGAUUAUUCACAAUGUCUUUCAAGAAAGAAGGUGCCCACAAGAAAUGGGCUGCCUUGAAGGAGAAGCUUGGGUCCCAGGAGAGCGACCAGACAGAGGCCAACCUGGAAAAUGCAGAGCCAGAGCUGUGCAUUCGCCUCCUCCAAAUCCCUUCUGUGGUGAACUACUCUGGGCUCAAGAAGCGGCUGGAGAGCAGCGAUGACAGCUGGAUGGUCCAGUUCCUGGAACUGUGUGGCCUCGAUCUGCUCCUAGAAGCCCUGGACAGGCUGUCUGGGCGAGGAGUGUCCAAGAUUUCUGAUGCCUUGCUUCAGCUCACCUGCAUUAAUUGUGUACGAGCAGUAAUGAACUCCCAGAGGGGAAUUGAAUACAUUGUGGACAAUGAAGGCUACAUCAGAAAACUCUCUCAAGCACUAGACACAUCUAACGUCAUGGUGAAAAAGCAGGUGUUUGAACUGCUAGCUGCACUCUGCAUGUACUGUCCCAGUGGCCAUGCUCUGGCUUUGGAUGCUCUGGACCAUUACAAGACCGUGAAGAACCAGCAGUAUCGGUUCAGUGUCAUAAUGAAUGAGCUCUCAACCACAGAUAAUGUACCUUACAUGGGAACACUGCUAAGUGUCAUCAAUGCGAUAAUACUGGCAACAGAAGACCUAAGAGUCAGGGUGCAAAUCAGAAAUGAGUUUAUUGGUCUGCAGUUGUUGGAUAUGUUGAACAAACUAAGAGACAUAGAAGAGGAUGAUCUGCUUAUCCAGUGUGAAACAUUUGAGGAGGCCAAGACAGAAGAUGACGAGGAAUUGCUAAAGAUAAGUGAUGGGAUUGACAUGAACAAUCACCAGGAGGUCUUUACAUCUCUGUUCAAUAAAGUGAGUAGCUCUCCAGCCUCUAUCCAACUGCUGUCCAUUCUCCAGAGCCUUUUGCAUCUGGAAUCUUCUCAUCACUCCAGCCUGCUGCUGUGGGAAUCCUUGGUUACCUUAGCAAACAGGGCCAUUCUGCUUGCAAAUGAUGUACAAGGGAACAGCGUUGAAGACAUCAUCGAGAGACUGCUCUCCGUAAAGAAGCAUCCAAACAAACAAAAAAUAAAGCAAAACCAAUCGCCUGAGAAUGUAAAUGAAUGCAGUCAAACGGACACGGACUUAGAGGAGCUGCCAAAUGCAAAGCAGAGCCCUGUUGUGGCAGCCGUUGUCCCCAGCGCACUAGCACCACCAAGUCCUCCAGAGGCCAUCCUGCCCUCGCAGCUUCCGACCUGCUCAGCAUCACCAGGGAAGACUACAUCUCCACCCCUUGCUGCUGCUGCCACCCCACUAUCACCACCGCCGCCUCCUCCUCCACCAUUGCCUGGCAUGGCACAUAUGCCUCCUUCCCCUCCCCCACUGCCAGGCAUGGCAAGCAUGCCCCCUCCCCCUCCCCCUUUGCCAGGCAUGGCAAGCAUGCCCCCUCCCUCUCCCCCACUGCCAGGCAUGGCAGGCGUGCCCCCUCCCCCUCCCCCACUGCCAGGCAUGGCAGGCGUGCCCCCACCCCCAGGCAUGGCAGGCAUACCCCCACCCCCGCCCCCACUGCCAGGCAUGGCAGGCGUGCCCCCACCCCCACCCCCACUGCCAGGCAUGGCAGGAAUGCCCCCUCCCCCUCCCCCACUGCCAGGCAUGGCAGGCGUGCCCCCACCCCCUCCCCUACUGCCGGGCAUGGCACCGGGAGGCAAUGGGGAAGAAAUAGUCGUCGCCCAAGUCAACUAUUCUCUCGGCUAUGCCAGGCCCUUCCACAAGAAGGUGAAGACUCCAACCUUAAGGAUGAAGAAACUCAACUGGCAGAAGCUGCCGACCAACGUGGUGAGAGAAAGUCACUCGAUGUGGGCGUCAGUGACUAGCAGCAGCGAAGAAACCAUAGAGCCCGAUUAUACGAGCAUAGAACAACUCUUCUGUUUUCCCCAAACAAGCCCCAAGGAGAAAGCCACUGCCCCUGUCAAAGCAGAACCAAAGGAGAUCACGUUCUUAGACUCCAAGAAAAGUCUCAACUUGAAUAUCUUUUUGAAGCAAUUUAAAUGCUCAAAUGAAGAGGUAGCUGAUAUGAUUCGGAAAGGGGACAGGACCAAGUUUGACGUUGAAGUUUUGAAACAACUACUGAAGCUGCUACCCGAAAAGCAUGAGAUAGAAAACCUGAAAGCCUUCAAGGAAGAAAAAUCAAAGUUAGCUAAUGCUGAUCAGUUUUAUCUCCUCCUCCUUGGGAUUCCCAGCUAUCAACUGCGGAUUGAAUGUAUGCUAUUAUGCGAGGAGACUACCGUCAUGCUAGACAUGCUACAACCUAAAGCAGACACGAUCGAGAAAGCCUGUGAAGAUCUUCUUAUUAGCCAUCGCCUGCCUCUGUUUUGCCAGCUGAUCCUCAAAGUUGGAAACUUUCUGAACUAUGGAAGUCACACCGGAGAUGCUGAUGGCUUUAAAAUUAGCACUUUACUCAAACUAACCGAAACCAAAGCAAACCAAACCCGCGUUACUUUGCUGCACCACAUUCUGAAGGAAGUAGAAAAUAAUCACACGGACUUACUGGAGCUUCCCAAGGACCUUGAAUGUGUUGCGAAGGCAGCAGGAAUUAACCUGGAAAUUAUACGUACAGAAUCCAGUUCCCAUUUAAAUAAGUUGGAAGAACUUAAGAAAAAGUUACAGGCCUCGAGCGACGAUGUGAAAGCACAGUACGAGGCACCCAUCGAGGACAGCAUAAAUGCAUCACAGAAGCUGAAGGAGACAUUUAAUACCAUUGACAGGAAAAAAGAGGAACUUGCCAACUAUCUCUGUGAAGAUCCAAACAAACUGUCACUGGAAGAUAUAUUUAGCACCAUGAAAACCUUCAGGGAUCUUUUCAUCAAAGCACUUAAGGAAAACAAGGACAGGAAGGAACAAGCUGCAAAGGCAGAAAAGAGGAAGAAACAGCUGGAGGAGGAAGAAGCUAAGAGACAGACAGGAGAAAAUGGAAAGAUAAUUAAGAAGGGAGCAGUGAAGCAGGAAGAGGUGUGCAUUAUCGAUGCCCUGCUGGCUGACAUACGGAAAGGCUUCAAGCUACGGAAAACAAAGAACAGGGGAGAGUCAGACACUCCACCUAAAACAACACCGGCAGGCACCCCAGAGGGAGGGCAGCCAGGGAAAAGUGCUAAUGAUGUAAAAGCAGUGGGAAAGGAAAGCAUUUGCGAGACCAAACAAAGUGAGGACAAUCACUCAGAAUCCACUCCUGCCCCAGAUGCUGCUGCUGUCACCAUUACGGGCCCUGGUAAAGAUGAAGCACAGUCGUCUGCGUCAAACCAGCCACCUCCUGAAGACAAUGCUGGAGGAAAUUUGCCACAACAGCCCUGCACUCAAGGAAGCUCCUUUAGUUCAGCAGAUGCUGAUAGAGUCUCCCAGCCAAAGGAUGGAGUAAGCUUCAAGGGGAAGAACGACUCAUACAGCUUUCCAGAGAACACAGAACACAAAACCAACGUGUUUUCUCCAUGUAACAUAGGAGCAUCUAUACAGUUUGCAAGCAGCUAUUCAAGCCAUUGUACCAGCUUAAAAGAUGAACCAGGUGGACCGAGCUUAGGGGAUAAGGAUAGCAAAUUUGAACCAUCUGUCUUAGGAAGUGGUAAAAUAGCUGAACAGACAUUACUGCCCAGUGACACCUAUCAAAGUGAGACUAAAAUCAGAGUUGAACUAGCACCUGAAAAUGCUGAAACAAUUCUGACUACCAAGUCAAGUUCCAAACAAGUAGACAGCAGGGAAACAGCAAAAAAAAAUGAAGAUCCUGAUGAAGAGUCAUUGCUGGAUACCUCUCAGGAGAAAUCCUUCUCAGAAGAACCAACAACAGAUUCUUCUUGUUCAGUUCCUCCAGGACAGGGGCGUGCUGACAAGGAAGGGCAGAAAGGGUCUGGGAAACGGAGGAAGAAGAAGAGGCACAGCAAAAGCCAGCCAGAGGUUGGCAUUGAUACUGGCGAUAAUAAAACAAAAAGAGUUUGUGUGGUACAGUGAGGUAUCACAGCAAGGCAGAAAAAAUAAAUAAAUGAAGACAAAGCAACCUGCUCACAAACCCAUGCAAUGCUGCCAUUCCCUGGGAAGCGAGUGCCGUGGGGCUGAAAUUCCUCUAUUAAUAAUGGUUGCAAUGAUGGAAUGCAAAGCUUCUUCUAAAGCAGUCUCCCUAAUUGCUCCUUGCAGAUCCUGUGUCUAGCAAACAGACUCCAGAUGAAAGAGAUGCAACUGUUUUCAGUAUGUGCCUUAGGGGAGAGGCCUGCAAGGGUCUGGUACUGCAAGUGCUCCAUGCCCAGAACUUCUGAACCAGGUGGGAGUUCUCUGUGUGGAGGGCCAAUAGAUUCAAGCCCCUGUUAACUUUGCUUUGGACCAAAUCCUCCAAUCUGUUUGCAGGCCAAAUUCCUGUUGAGAAUUGUGGGAGUGCAAAUAAAGAAAUGACUGCAGCAGUGAGCACUUAGUGUCUCCAAAACUGAAUUGUGUAAAGCAAGCACUUAUUGCACUCUCACCAGUAUCCAACUGGAUAUCUCUUACUGCCCCACUCCAGGGACCUCCCAACAACGGUAACUGAUGUUGGACCUAGUCAGGUGAACUCGGUACCAUUGUGGUCAUUUGAGGUAGAGGGAUAUCUGUCAAAGGAAUGGAUUACUGUAGUGAACUCCGAAGGCUCAGUCCUGCAACAGCUCGCAUAUGGUUAACUUUAAGCAUGUGGACAGUGCCAUGAAAUUCCACUGACGUUCUCACAUGCAUAGACAUGAGCAUAAGCUCUUAGUGGAUGAGAGCAUAAAGUUUCUAGAUUGUGAAAAUAUCAGGAGAAAGAGCUGAACAGAUUGCCCUAAAAGUCAUGUCAUUUGGCAUAUCCCUGGUUCUGCAUUAGCAAAGACCUAUGGAACAUUUAGAGUCUGCUUCAUGGUGAAAGGCAGUUAUACAAGUUUUGCUUUAACAUUACAAGCCUGCAGUAUUGUGUUUUUAAAAAAAAGAGCUUUCUUUCUUGAUUAUAUUGUAUAUUAACCUUGUACCAUAGUUUUGUACAUAGCUAUCCAUUUGAAAAUUCUAAAGAUUUGUUCAAUCUAUAUUACAGUAUUUCAUUGAAAUAGGAACUGGGUGGGGAAAAUAUUGUUACUUUUAAGAGUCAUAUCAAUAUACAGUAACUCUGAGCAUAUAUAAUAAUGUGCUGACUAAGCUCUUUUGCUCUGCUUAUGAAGACUUGAUCAAGUGUCAUUCAUUUACUAGAAACUGGGCUGAACUAAGUUAGGAAUUUAAAAUGUUUCUCUUUCAAUCAGGGCUUUGCUUUGACUGUAGAGAAGAUUGGUUAACUAGUACAGGGAUCCUUAGUUUAGAAUGGACCAACCAAGCUGGAGAAAUCUUUUCUGGAAAUUCAGUAUGACUGAAUUUGAAACCAAGCCCAACACUAAACUUAAGCAUAUAGAUUUCCAUUAGCUCUGAUGGAGCCGUGACAUCAACAUCUCAGUAUUGUAAUCAGAACAUGCACACACGCAAGUUCAGGGAUUAGUCACAAUUAUGCUCGUCAUAGUUAAAGGGCCAGCUUCACUUUUUGUCCCUUUUCAGGUCUGUCCAAGCCCAUCACCUCUGGUGUUUCUUCAUGCCUUUAUAUCCAAGGGUGGAUUUCUGCAGUUCUCCCACUCCUAGACCAGGCAUCACUCUGCAGCACUGCGUAGCAGUAGGGCUCUGGCACCUGCAGUUCUGCUCUUCUCCAUAUAACAAUUUAUUCUCAUCUGAUGGUAAUAUAGGCAACCCUAAGAUUUUCAGACACCCCCAUUUUAAUCCAGGUCCCUCAAUCCACCCCCUCUGGUAUAUUAGGAGACAGACCCUUUUUAGAGUAUCAUGCUCCCUUUGUUCUUCUCUUCAUGUGGGCUUUGUCACUACUGAAAAAACCUGGUUUUUCAGGUCGGUUGGUAAGGAACUAGAAAUCCUUAAAAGCCAACAAAAUUCAAGCAUUUAUUUGAUAAGUGGCCUGUCUUGAGCCAUCCUUCCAUUCCUUAUUUUUCCUUCCAGGCAUCUGUUAAACUAAAACAGUGCCCUCAUACAAUAAAAGAUCCCUGCAACUAGGUCAAAACACGAUGGUUAUCAGAGCCAUCACAAUAGGCUUUUAGUAAGAGCGGAGAUUUGCAAAACAGGGUGAAAAGAAUUCAGUUCGAGUGGGAUGGGAAAUUGACCCAGGUUCUACACACACCCUUCACUGCUGUCACCAAGCUAAUUAUUCCCGAUUAUUCCUUAUUAGUCAUUGCACAGCCAAAAUUCAGUACUAGUGAAAGCAGAGACACUUAUUUCAAUAGCUUUCCACUCACAUAAUGCAGCCAUGAGUUUCCUGCACAGACAGGAACUCCUCCAACAACUGCAGCAAAAUUCCAGCAAACAAGCUAGUCUGUGAAAGCCAAAGGUUUGUAGGAACCAAGUUAACACUCAGGGCACCUAUACACGUGCAUCAAGGCUGCUCCAAUGCGCUAUAAUUACAGCACGUCAGAGCAGAUUCGAUUAAUCGAGUAUGCUAGAACAUGGUAAUUACCAUACUCCAGCACUAUGUGCAUCAGUAUCCCCACCUGAAAAAUGGCAGCAGGGACAUUUUAACUAAAGCUCAUUUGACAAGCUUUAAUGAAAGCACCCCCCACCCACCAUUUUUCAGCACAGGGACACCAAUACACGUGACACUCCAGGCACUUUAAUUAAAGUAGAUCUUGGAGCCACUCUAAUUAAAGUGCCCUCACCCUCCAACCCCGAGCAUGUGUAUAAACACCCUCAGUAGUAUCCAUAUGGUAUGCCAAACCAAGGGCAUCAAUAAAUGCAAGCAGCUAGUAGCAUUUUUCUUUAAGUUCUAACAUUGGAGACAUUUCAAGAUUUAGAAUUUAAAACAAGGUCAGAAUAUAAAUUCAAAGGUUUUCUGCUUUGAGGAGAGGAGAGAGCUCAACUCCAUUUUUAAACAUUUUGGGGGUCUAUUCUAUCCAAGUGGAAGCCUAAAUAAAGGUUUAUAGCAGAAUGACUCAUUAGCUACAGCUUUAGCAUAGAAAACAUCAUUUCUAUUCUUCUCACAGUGAAGAAAAAACAAAACAUGAAGCAGUUCUUAUUUACCUUUAUACUCUGCUUAUUCUCCCACUUGUACAUUGUCUGUAGCCUACAUCCCUGAUCCUUUGGCAUACAUGCUUAACUCUGUAUACUUGCCUAACUCUGAAGAAUAAAGUAAUUGGGACUAUUCACAUACACAUAUAGUUGAACCUUUGCAAAUUCUUGCAAGAUCUGGGCUUUGGGCAGGGGCUUCAUCUUCUACUAAAACAUCCAAGCACAUCAGUCAUAGUAUAUUCUUCAUAGUAAUUGUUAGCUACUCUCUCUCAUAUGGAUUUUUAUCAAACAUAUUUUAGUUGCAUAGCCUUAGAGAUGGAGCUAACAACUUUGUUCUUUCACCUCAAAAAUAAAUGAGGAUUUUACAUAAUGUGUGGGUCAGUCCCUUUGCAUACAAGACAGGUAAGCACACAUGUGCCAUUUCCUUCCUGAUUUUGUUUACUGUUAUGUGCAGUUUGGGAGAGAAAAUUCAGUGGAUCCCGCACUAUUCCAGCCAGGUGAUGCUUUCCACCAGAAUUAACUAAUCUUCAUUCUCUCUAAGUGUAAAGCCAGGCUCCACAGCAUGAGGUUUCCAGCUUUCUGUAUGUGAUGGUCAUCUUCUGUGCGCAGUACGCUACUUAGAGUGCAAUACAAUGUUUAUCAAAAUAAAAUCUAAUGUCUACCAGA